UUUAUAAGAACAAACAUUAAGCAUGCCUCGACGAGGAUCUAUAUUAGAUUCUAGGAGUGACAGGUCCACAUCAAGGAGUGACAGGUCCACUUCAUCCAAAUCAUUUCAAACUACAUCAAGGCAUAAUAACAAAGGAUCCACAUUUCAUCAACCUGUGUAUCAGAAUGCAAAUGAGUAUUAUAUACCUACUUUGGGGAGUACACAUCCUCCUCAACGUGAUUAUGGGAGGGUUGAUGCAUAUCAAUAUUGUGAGGGCUUUCGUUUCCAAGAUUUGCUUCAAACUCAAGGAGGUUUCCCUCGAGAUAACCAAUUUGUUUAUGGAGGACAUAAUUUGUAUAGGAGUUAUGAGAGAGUUAAUGGUGAUGAUGAUGAUGUGAACGUUAGAGAUGAAGACGAGGGAGACGAUAGUAAUGAGAGAGGUGUAUGUGAUGAGGAUCAAGAUGGUGUUCCAUCAUAUCAUGGUUCAACAUGUUCUCCACACAAUUAUGAUCAAAGUGUUAAAAGGAAGGGUUUUGACACGCCAAUAGAUCCAAUAACAAGAAAAAAAGAGCUUUGUUUGUAUGGAACAACAGAGUUCAAUAACGCAUCGUGUGGGCGUGCAAUCGGAGAUAUUUUGAGGUCCAAUUUUAAGGGAGCAUGGCACUCUUGGGAAAAAGUAGAUUCAAUGUGCAGGGAUGAACUGUUUAAAGAGUUUAAGAAAAAAUAUUCUUUUCCUGAGGAAGAUGAGUCGAUUGUUCGUAAUAUUUGGGAAGAUAAGGCAAGGAUAGCUUUGAAUCAACAAUUAACACGAGCUCGCAAGAAAGCCAUGUCAAAAGAAAACACUACAAAUAUUGUAGAUUGCCUUGAUAAAGGUCCUGCCUGGAUAAAUAAUGAUGACUGGAAUCAAAUGAUCAAAGAUGUUUGGUCCACCCCUGAAUUUCAAAGGAGGUCUGAAUCUGCUAGGAGGAAUCGAUUAACCAAAACAGAUGGCAAAAUAAGCACUCAUUCUGGAGGAACAGUGUCAUUUGCAUCAUAUCGAGCUAACAUGCAAGAGGAAGCUGGUGGAAAAGAACCUCCAUGGGAUGAUGUCUUUUCAGCUUUGCAUCAAAGUACUAAGCAGUCUGGUGGCUUCGUCGACAACAAGUCGAAAAAAGUGGUUGAAAAUUAUAAAAUGGAGAUGAUUUCAAAGUAUGGAAGUAAUCGGGAAAAUCAUCCUUCAUUUGAUGGAGCAGCUUGGUGUGUGGCUUCAGGAGGAGUUACAAAGGGUAGGGUAUAUGGUGCACCUCGUAUGCCAAAAUCUAUAGUUAGUCCAAGCUCUUCAUCACAUUCCUACUCAGUGGAGUCAUCAUAUCCCAGUUCAUCGUAUCGAGCAUUGCAAAAGGAGAUAAAGGAUAAAGAAGAGGAGAUAAAGAAAAAAGAUGAAUUUAUUCUUGAAAUGAAACGACAGAUGGAUUCCAUGAAAGAAUAUCUUGUGAACAAUCUUGGAUACAAUGAUGGGACAUCAAAUAUUGAUCAAGGUAUGCCACCAUCUUUGACUCCAGCAAUAUCGCCACCUAUGGCUCCUCAGAUAAUGACAUCUAUGGGACCCACAUCUCAACCAAUUUUUCGACCUACACCUCGACCUUUAUAUCCUGAUCAAUCUUGUAUCGAUCCACAAUAUCAUGGUUCGUCUUCGCAACCGGCACCAUGAUUGUAUCUUUUGUUGUUUUUUUUAUUGUAUUUGAACU